AUGCUCUUAACGUGAGCGAUGGUAUUCUACGACACCUGGCCGAAGCUAGAUCCGCGCCAUCUGCUCUACAUACUGAUGCUGGUGUUGGUCCUCGAUCACACAUGGGAAAUCAUAUUGGCCAAAAGACAGCAACUGACAUGCCUGGCGGCGAUAGCGGUGCCAGAGGAGCUGCGUGCCAUUGUGCCGCCAGAGAUCUUUCACCGGGCGCGGAUCUAUGAGCUACAUAAAAUGGAGCUAUUUAUUUGGAAGCAUGGCAUAGAUUUGAUAAUCAGUUUGUUGGAGCUGUAUUUCGGUUUCUAUCCAUUCCUGUGGAGUUUGGCCAGCAUGUCACUGGCCAGUCUGACAACGAACGAGAUCUGGAUCAGUUUGCUGUUCGUCUUCUAUCUGACCGUCUACAUAACGCUGCGUUGUCUACCAACUCUGCUGUACGACAAGUGUAUAUUGGAGUUGCGCUAUGGCACCCAGCAUCGAUUCCCCUGUUAUCUAUAUUGCUGCAUGGGCGUUCUGGCGAUUGUCCUCUCACAGAUUAUCCUCGCACCACUCACAUUCCUAAUUAUUUUCAGUGUACAGAAUUUGGGAUACUUUUUCUUUUUAUAUUUCUGGCUGAUGUGGGCGUUGUUCACGCUAUUUUUGGUAUUUUUCUUGCCCUAUUUGUGUAUACCCUGUAUUGGCCGGCAGCGGAAACUGUCGGAGGGAUCUCCUCUGUACGCCGACGUGAAGCGGGUCUGUGAUGCAACCAAAUUCCCUAUGACGAGAGUGUUCAUUAUCCGGACGAGAUCGAUGCAAUAUAGCAAUGCGUAUUUCUAUGGCAGCUGCUGUCUGAAACGGAUUGUGAUAUUUGAUACGCUGCUGUUGAAUAAGGGAUUGCAGCCGAAUGAGAUUCACCCGUUUGAGGUGGGACGUGGCCUAACCAAUCCACAGGUGGUGGCUGUGGUUGCCCACGAGUUGGGACACUGGAAAUAUGGCCAUUUCUACAAGGCUACGUUAAUAAUGAAAUUACAUUUUCUAUUAACCACGGUGAUCUUCGGACUAUUAUUUCACUGUCCGCAGCUGUACGAAGCGGUCGGAUUUGCAUCUGGAUUGUGCCCGAUUAUUGUCGGUUUCAUUGUUGUGCUGCGAUUUGCCAUGACACCGUAUCUAACACUGGCCAAUUUUCUAAUGUUGUGGAACUUGAGACGUUUUGAAUAUGCUGCGGAUCGGUUUGCUCAUCGCCUGGGUUACUCCCUACUCUUGAGAUCGGCUCUCGUCAAGAUCUAUGCGGAUCACAUGAGUUUUCCCGUCUACGAUAACUGGUAUGCCAGCUGGCAUCAUACGCAUCCAACGAUCCUCCAACGUUUGGCCUAUCAACAGCGUUUGGAUGUGGAGGCUGUUUACCAUCAAUGAUCAACAGCAAAAUUUGGUUUUUCUACAAAUUUCUGUUUAUAGUAGGCGGCGAAGUCACUACAAGUUUUCUAAAAAAAAAGCUAGUUUGUAUUUGUUUUGUAAAAUUUAUUGCUUGAUUUGAGAGAGUUAUAAAAAUUCUUGUUGCAAGCCAAAAUGUCUUGCGGUCGCAUUA